GGGGCGGGCGGGGCGGGGCGGGCGCAGAGCGCGGGCGGUUCAGCACCACGGAGAGCGCCCGGCGGAGCCGCGCCGAGCCGGGCCGGGCCGGGCCGGGCCCCGCGGCCGCGCUGAGCCGGACGGGAGGCACCUGAGCCGGGGGGCGCUGGCCAGGGGGGCCCGGUCGGUCCGGGCCGGCCGUGGAUGAGCACCAUGCGGCUGCUGCUGCUCGCCCUGCUCUUCUCGUCCUCCUUCGCCCGCGCAGGCUGCGACCCCAAGAUCGUCAACAUCGGCGCGGUGCUGAGCACCAAGAAGCACGAACAGAUCUUCCGCGAGGCAGUGAACCAGGCCAACAAGCGGCAUGGCACAUGGAAGCUCCAGCUCAACGCCACCUCGGUCACGCACAAGCCCAACGCCAUCCAGAUGGCCCUUUCCGUCUGCGAGGACCUCAUCUCCAGCCAGGUCUAUGCAAUAUUAGUUAGUCACCCUCCUGCUCCCAACGAUCACCUAACACCAACACCCGUAUCAUACACAGCUGGCUUCUACAGGAUCCCUGUCAUUGGUCUGACAACACGCAUGUCUAUAUAUUCUGAUAAGAGCAUCCACCUCUCCUUUUUGCGCACGGUCCCACCAUACUCUCACCAGGCCAACGUCUGGUUUGAGAUGAUGAGAGUCUUCAACUGGAACCAUGUCAUUCUGAUAGUCAGUGACGACCACGAAGGUCGUGCUGCACAAAAGAAGCUGGAGACACUCUUGGAGGAGAGAGAGUCCAAGGCUGAGAAAGUGCUUCAGUUUGACCCGGGAACCAAAAAUGUGACAUCGCUGCUGCUGGAGGCAAAGGAGCUGGAGGCUCGAGUCAUCAUCCUCUCUGCCAGCGAGGAUGAUGCGGCCAUGGUGUACAGAUCAGCAGCCAUGCUCAAUAUGACGGGCUCCGGCUACGUGUGGCUGGUGGGGGAACGGGAGAUAUCAGGCAAUGCCCUGCGUUACGCCCCUGACGGAGUGAUCGGUUUGCAGCUCAUCAAUGGGAAGAACGAGUCAGCCCACAUCAGUGAUGCUGUCGCAGUGGUGGCCCAGGCCGUGCAUGACUUGUUUGAGAAGGAGAACAUCACAGACCCACCACGGGGCUGCGUAGGCAACACCAACAUCUGGAAGACGGGACCCCUUUUCAAGAGGGUGUUGAUGUCCUCCAAGUACUCGGAGGGUGUCACUGGCCGGGUGGAGUUCAAUGAGGAUGGGGACAGAAAGUUUGCCAACUACAGCAUCAUGAACCUGCAGAAUCGGAAACUGGUCCAAGUUGGGAUUUACAAUGGCAGCCAUGUCUUGACCAACGAUAGGAAGAUUAUCUGGCCAGGGGGAGAAACAGAGAAACCUCAAGGCUAUCAGAUGUCGACCAAGUUGAAGAUUGUGACGAUCCACCAAGAGCCCUUUGUGUAUGUGAAGCCCACACAAGCAGAUGGGACGUGCAGGGAGGAAUUCACCAUCAAUGGAGAUCCUGUGAAAAAGGUCUUUUGCACUGGACCCAAUGAGACCAUCCCAGGCCGCCCCACAGUGGCACUGUGCUGCUAUGGGUUCUGCAUCGACUUGCUCAUCCGGCUGGCAGGGGUGAUGAACUUCACCUACGAGGUUCACCUGGUGGCUGAUGGUAAAUUUGGUACCCAAGAGCGGGUUAACAACAGCAACAAGAAGGAGUGGAACGGCAUGAUGGGUGAGCUGCUGAGUGGCCAAGCAGACAUGAUUGUGGCUCCCCUCACCAUCAACAAUGAGCGGGCACAGUACAUUGAAUUCUCCAAGCCCUUCAAGUACCAGGGUCUCACCAUUCUUGUGAAGAAGGAAAUCCCCCGCAGCACCCUGGACUCGUUCAUGCAGCCUUUCCAGAGCACGUUGUGGCUGCUGGUGGGGCUGUCUGUGCACGUGGUGGCAGUGAUGUUGUACCUCUUAGAUCGAUUCAGCCCGUUUGGCCGAUUCAAAGUGAACAGCGAGGAGGAGGAGGAAGAUGCCCUGACCCUGUCCUCAGCCAUGUGGUUCUCCUGGGGAGUCCUGCUGAACUCUGGCAUUGGAGAAGGUGCUCCCCGGAGUUUCUCUGCCCGUAUUCUUGGCAUGGUGUGGGCUGGCUUUGCUAUGAUCAUUGUGGCUUCAUACACUGCCAACCUGGCAGCCUUCCUGGUGUUAGACCGGCCUGAGGAGAGAAUUACAGGCAUCAACGACCCCCGGCUGCGCAACCCCUCUGAUAAGUUCAUCUAUGCCACGGUGAAGCAGAGCUCGGUGGACAUCUACUUCCGACGGCAAGUGGAGCUGAGCACAAUGUACCGGCACAUGGAGAAGCACAACUAUGAGAGCGCUGCUGAGGCCAUCCAGGCAGUGAGGGACAACAAGCUCCACGCCUUCAUCUGGGACUCAGCGGUGCUGGAGUUUGAGGCCUCCCAGAAGUGUGACCUGGUGACAACGGGGGAGCUUUUCUUCCGCUCCGGCUUUGGGAUCGGGAUGCGCAAGGACAGCCCAUGGAAGCAGAACGUCUCCCUGGCCAUCCUCAAGUCCCACGAGAACGGCUUCAUGGAGGAUUUGGACAAGACUUGGGUGAGGUAUCAGGAGUGUGACUCCCGUAGCAAUGCCCCAGCAACACUCACCUUUGAAAAUAUGGCAGGUGUGUUUAUGCUGGUGGCUGGAGGUAUUGUUGCCGGGAUAUUUUUAAUAUUCAUAGAAAUAGCUUACAAAAGGCAUAAGGACGCGCGGAGGAAGCAGAUGCAGCUGGCGUUUGCGGCCGUUAAUGUGUGGAGGAAAAACCUGCAGGAUAGAAAAAGUGGUAGAGCAGAACCUGACCCUAAAAAGAAAGCCACUUUUAGGUCCAUCACCUCCACCCUGGCCUCCAGCUUCAAGAGACGUAGGUCCUCCAAGGAUACGCCCUGCAGAAUGGUCCCUCAGGAGUGCCAGAGAGACAGGCUGGCACCAUGGAGCCAAGACAGCCCUGGGAAGCUACCACCCCACUCUGAACGUCCUAGCGCCCACCAUCACCCGAGCUGCACAGCCUCUCCGCGGCACAUCAUCCCCACCGCCCCAGGAGGAGAUGCAUGUGUUCCCCAUAGGCAGCUCCUGCAACUCGAAUAGCACUCGCAGAGCUGACGUACUGCCAUCCAUCGCAGCCACCCACGAUACUGCAACCCCACAGAAGCCAUGUGAGACGCAUAAACCACACAGACACCUUCCGAGCCGGCACAUUUCGUACAGACACGUUACCGAGGUGCACAGGUCCCAUUAGCCCCACCACUGCAGCCAUCACCAGCGCCCGCAGAGCCACAUGCCAGCCUGCGGGUGUCCCCCCCCAGGCACAGCAUGACACACGUCCCACGCCAUCGCCAAGCGAGGGCCCGGUGCUGCCAUGGGGAUGGUGCCAGAGCUGGUCGAGAACCGAGGGGGUUCAUGGAAAUAAAGGUCACCUUUUCAGUGAAGGAUCAGCCAUCCCAAAGCCAAACUCUUCUUGGCUGAAAAACAACCUAGUUUUGGGCCUAAAAGAACCAAAAGUAGGUCAAAGACAACUAAUUUAUUUUUUUUCUUUAGAAGAAAGUUGAUGUUUUCUACAGCAAGAUUGCAUUUAGCUGGAAUUCUAAUUUUUAAUUGAAAAAAAAAACAAACAACCCCAAACUCCAAAGUUCUUCCAGAAAAUCUUCCACCAGCCAGGGACUACCAUAUAAGCCCAGAUUAGGUUGAAGUCAUUUUUAAAGACAUAUUAAGUUCUUGUCUAUAUUUUCUUCCUGGUUGUCAUUUAAAGUUUUUGGUGCCUUCACUUCACUUCCAUACCUUAACAUGUUUGAGUCUCUUCUACGGUUAAUAUUGAUUAAUUUCUUCGCUUUAUAAUGUUUGGUUUGGGGAUAAUUGCACCAUCCCUGUAACAUAAUUUACCCUAAAUUACUGAUAUGUGCUUCUAGCAUUAGUUCUACUUUAACAUAGUUUUGAUAUGACAGUUUUCUUGCUUUUUUUUCAUUUUAUUUUCCUUUCUCUUUUUAUUUUUAGUUUUUAUUAUUAAAAAUUGCAUGCAUGAACUCUACACAAGAAAAAAAGUAAAUGAGAAUGUUACCCUGUGAUAACUCUGUGAUUGGAGGAGAUAAUGCUUUCAAAUCAAAA